CGCUCAGUGAUGCGUGUUUGAAAGCGGUGUUUGUUCAUAAGUAGAGAACAUGGAAACGUUUAUUAUCACUCUCCAUCAAAACCAGUUCUUGUGUUGUUGAGAUGGCGACCACUGGCAGCUCCUCGGCCUCGGACAGGAUGUACUCCCAACUAAUAGACGAGGGGAGUUAUGAGGAGUCCAGACCAGAUGUGCAUCAGAGCGAUUGCCCGGUCAAAGACCUGAGGCGGAGUGGCCCGGGUCCUUACCGCUUUGCUACCAUCUGCCUGGCUACACUCUGUGCUAUCCUCCUGAUCUCAAUCAUAGCUGUCACCGCUCACUAUAAGAACAAACCCCCACCUAGUGCUGAAGCAACUGCAGAGAUGCAGAAGGAGAAUGCAAAUGUUUCAGCAUUGAUGGUGUCAAUCACGAAACUCCAGAAGGAGAAUAAACAACUGCAGAAAGAAAAGGAAGAGCUGCAGAUGAACCUUACCUCCAUAAUGACAGCCAAAGCCACUGCACCCACAGCUAAACCGCCCAGAGCCCCUAUUGUGUGUCCUACGGACUGGCGUCUCUUCAACAACAGCUGUUACCUCAUUUCUAAAGAUCGCAAAAGUUGGACUGGCAGCCGAAUGUACUGUCAAACACAAGGAGGUCAUCUGGCCAUUAUCCUAACAGCUGAAGAGCAGACCUUUUUGUGGGAUCUCCUUCCCAGAGGACACUGGAACUCAUACUGGUUUGGAAUCACAGAUGGAGAGACGGAGGAUGAGUGGAAAUGGGUCGACGACACUCCGCUAGUUGGAGGUUUCUGGGAGGAAAACGAGCCCAAUAACCACAUAAAUGAGGACUGCGGUUACAUCGUCAAGACGGAGGUGUUGGAACGUGUGGCGACAAAGAGCUGGUACGAUGCCCCCUGCUCCAUGGGCUUGCCCUUCAUUUGCGAGAAGGAGAUGGGCGGUACCACACAAUAGUGAGAUGUUACCAACUAGACUGGCUAAAGCGAGACCUUCGGCCAGCUGGUCGUUUUAUUUUACAAAGAAGUCGGCUUUCAGAGACGUUCAGAAACUGGAAGCUUCUGAUUGCAGGUUAUCUUAAUUAAAUUGUGAUAUAAACCUCACUGGCCACCCUGAGGCUUGUUAAAGAAAUACUUUUGCAGUGUAAUUUGCACAUGUUUCUACAUUUUUCUCUAAGAUCCACUGCUAAUAUUAGCACAAGAAGUCAACAUUACAACCAUCUCUGGCUGGGGUAGGAAAAACACCAAAUCCUGAACUGUGUUUGUAACAUUUUCCUGCACUGAUUUAUUUUAGUGAUUCCACCUGUUUAUAUGAACACAUAUGAAGUUUAUUUACUUCUUUUUGUCAGAUGUUAAAAAUGGGGCAACUGUGGCUCUGUAGUUGACUUGUGAUUGAAAGGUUGUAGGUUCUAUUUCGGUUUCCUCCUGUCACAUGUCAAUAUGCCCCUGGGCAACUCCAAGUUGCCUACCGAUCUGCAUAUAGGUAGAUAAAUGUGUAUGUUAAAGGGUGAGUCUAAUGUAAAGCUCUUUGAGUGGCCAAAAUAAUUGGAAAGCUCUCUAUAAAUCUUUGUAGAGAGCUUUCCAAAACUUUAAAUAGAGCUUUAAAUUUGAGCUUUCCAAAACUCAAAUGUAAUGCAGUGCCUUUAAAUCAUAGACAGAAGGUAAUAUUGCUAAAUAAUCUAGUUAAAGCUUAAAAUUUCAUUUUGACUAAUAAUUCUGUUCUUUUUUAUCUUUCACUAUGAAAGGUAUUGGAUGUUUUACUGGAAUAUAGAAUACUUGUAUCUGUGGUUGUGUUUGUGUGGGAUUUUAUUAAAUGUAAUUUUAGUAAUUUCAAAUUUGUAUUUGAUCAGAAUGCAUUUAACAUGCCAACAUUUCUCAUCAUUUGAAAGAAUCAAAAGAUUUUGCAGGAUUAAGUUACACUACUAUUUAGUCACUAAUAAAUAAUUCAAAUUAUUAAGAUGUGUUCAGAAGGGAUCUUGUGAAUUUCCAAAGUUUUUCAGGUUAACUGUAUUUGACCUGUUGUUGUUUCAGCGAUUUAUCAGAUUAAUACAAAUAAACUAAAUCUGUGCUAUAA